UCUUGCGAAGCUCCGAAACCACAGUUUGUUGGCGCAGCAACAGUUGCGACUCUGUUGCAGUCGUGUCCUCACUGUCAAGCUCCCCGCGUGUGUCGUCGUCUUCGCCGCCUUGCUGUGGCAUGCUCAGACUACCCACAUGGAGAAGGGUCCGAGUUCGCCGGAGAGCGUGGUGCAACAUUAAGGAUACACUGCAAGCUAUCACAAGUAAAACUGCUUUCACUCUCAAAAAUCGUUUUUUUCUGCGUCGCUAGGUUAAUUAGCUAGUAAAUUAGGCUAGUUUACUAGCUAUUAAUGGAGAUCCUUUCCGGUCCUGCUGCUCCAGAAGGCUCCUCCAGGAGGCCAGAAUCUGAGAUCCAUCUUGCUGUACGAUCGUCGCGUGUCGUUAGCAUCGUUCCUAGCUAUGCAGGUAUGUUUUCCUAAGAAAAACAAGGAGAUGAUGUUAGCGAUGCUGGUGUGGUAAUAUGUCAAAGAUGCGCACGCGCACACCCUACCUUCCUCUAACAAGUGUGGAAAGGAAUUGCGACAAAGCAAAAGGAGGAGAUUGCAGCUAUGUCUGCAAAGAUCUUAUCUCUAGAAAAAGCAGCGACGGACUGGGAAAAGCUUGCGGCCUUAUCCUUCCAGAGCCUGCAAAGGCAAGACAAGGCGACUCGGAAUGUCAAAGAAGAUUUAGCAAAGCAAAAGAAGGCGUCUCUGAAGCUUCGGAAUGAUGCGGAUGCUGCAGAACAACGCGCGAUGACAUGCGAGAGGGAAUUGGAGAAGAAAGACGCUUAA